AUGCACAGAAUUAGAAUUCCUCAUGGUCGUCAUAGUGGUAAGCGAUUCGUGACCAAGUGGUCUUCCCUCGGGACAGCGUUCAACAGCAAGCCGAAGAAAUCUCUCUUCAAAAGUGUCGGUCGAUCCAGUGUUGGGUUGUUUAAUAUACCUCACCUGACUGAUUACACUGGGUUUUAUUUGUUGAAAGAGCAGGUUCUCUCUGAGGCAGAUGAUCUGGUUCAGGAAGUAUGUUCAAAAAGUCGACAAAGAACGCUUGUUAAAAUAUUUGAUAACUUAUCAGAUUCUCUAUGCAGAGUUGCAGACAUGGCUGAUUUUAUAAGAAUCGCUCAUCCUAAUAACUCAUUCAGACAAGCUGCUGAAGAUACUUGCAUAGCUGUCAGCUCACUGGUAGAAACUCUGAAUACAAAUCAAGAUAUUUACAAAGCCUUGAAGCAUGUUUUUACAAAUGGAGAUUUGUAUCACAUGGAUGAGAUAGACAAAAGGGUAACUGAAUUAUUUUUAUUUGAUUUUGAAUUGAGUGGAAUCCAUCUCUCAAAAAUUGAUAGAGAAAAGUUUGUUUGUUUGAAUCAAAAUAUUCUCAUGUUAGGUGCUUUAUUCAUGGAAAACUGUCACGUACCUUCUGAAAUUUUAAGAAGCGCCAUUCCAAAAAAUUUGCAAAAUGUGUUUUCUUGGAAUGGUAGUUAUAUUAGAUUAAAUGGUUUAUAUUCAGAAAAUAACAGUCCUUUAGUUCGAGAAGCUGCAUAUAAAAUUUAUCUACAUCCUAAUAAACAGCAAUCUGAAAGGUUAGAUAGUCUUUUAAAAUCUCGAUUUGAAAUGGCAAAUUUGGCUGGUUUUCAAACGUUUGGUCAUCGGGCUCUUAAAGGAACACUUGUUAAGCAUCCUGAUAAUGUGAUGGAGUUUUUAACAACACUAUCAAAUUCAUUCUAUACUAAAUCACUUGAGGAUCUUGAAAUGUUAAAAAAGUUAAAAAAUAGUUAUGGGUUUAAUGGUCCAAUAGAACCCUGGGAUAUGACACAUUAUGCAAAUAUAGCCAGAUUAUCAUUUUCACAACUCAAUUCUCAAGAAAUUUCAAAUUAUUUACCACUUGGUGCUUGCAUGGAAGGUUUAAAUAAUUUAUUCAAUAUUUUGUAUGAAGUCACAUUAGAGUAUGAAGAAACUGAAAAUGGUGAGGUCUGGUCAAAUGACGUCUAUAAACUGGCUGUUAAGCAUAAAACUGAUGGAGUUUUAGGGUACAUUUAUUGUGACUUUUUUGAAAGAGUUGGUAAGCCACUUCAGGAUUGCCAUUUCACAAUUCAAGGUGGUAAGCAAAAAGAUGAUGGCACCUACCAAAAGCCAAUGGUUGUACUCAUGCUAAAUUUGCCAUCACCUUUAGGAAACACACCUUCAUUGCUCACUUUAUCAAUGUUAGAAAACGUCUUUCACGAAUUUGGGCAUGCAAUGCACUCCAUGCUUGGCAGAACACGUUAUCAACACGUCACAGGCACAAGAUGUUCCACUGAUUUUGCUGAAGUACCCUCAGUUCUCAUGGAGUACUUUGCUUUAGAUUCCAGAGUACUGUGUAGCUUUGCUAAACAUUGGGUGACUGGGGAACCCAUACCACAUGAAUUAGCCUUGAAGUGUCAAAAUAUGAAAAAGUUAUUGUUCGCCUCUGACAACCAGCUCCAGAUACUCUACUCAAUAGUGGAUCAAGUUUUUCACAGUAGUUAUCCAUUCAAAAAAGACACCUCUGAAAUAGUCUCUGAUUUACAAAACGAGUAUUACUUUUUAAAAAGUGUUCCUAACGUUUCUUGGCAUCUUAGAUUUGGUCAUUUUGUUGGCUAUGGCGCGAAAUAUUAUUCGUAUUUAACUUCUAGAGCUAUUGCAUCUAAAAUUUGGAACACAUGUUUCAAGAAAGAUCCUUUUAAUGCUGUUAUGGGUUCAAGAUUAAAGAAUGAAGUUUUGAAAUAUGGAGGUGAGCUAAGGCCAGAGUUAUUGAUAGAAAAUUUAUUAGGAGAAGCACCUAGCAACAAGAUGCUAGCAGAAUCGUUACUGGAUGAAAUAAACUCAUGA